UCUGCGCUCACAGCUCCGGCUUCCUAGAAGGAGGAAGUUUGUUUUGAUUGUGGCAGAAGCGCUUUUUACCUCUCGAUUUUAAACAGAAGAAAAAGCUCGAAUGAUUAUGCGGAUGAUUUAAUUUGGUGGUUAGUAAGAAGCAAACAUCUACUACUACUCCUGCUCUGGGCUACAAGCCCUGUCGAAGUUACCGGAUUCAGUCUUUGUUGGAGUUUUUUUGGCUGUUUUUCCACAAACACUCAGGCUAGCAGUGAGAGAAAACGAAACCUCCCAGCAGUUAUACAGAACGCUUUAGGCUAAAUUCAGCGCAGUCGUGUGUCAAAUGCAGCCUAAAGCCUAAAAGGAUGUUUAUGUUUUACCCUGGGUUCAAAGUCCCCUUCCUUAACGUGUGAGCUCGUAGUCUGAGCUGAGCUGAUGUUUGUAGCUAGAGAGUGACACAUUAGACAUGUCCUGCUUCAUGGUACAGCUGGUCUAACAGAACAGCCUAAGCGUUAGAGGACUUGGUGGAUUUUUCACGGUUUGGUUUUGGACGCGGAGACUGUGUGAAAGAAGGAGGUUAAAUCACGGCUGUUACACAACAGUGACUUCGCUUGAAUAUACCGCCAUGGAACCGCUGACAGCAGCAAAGAUCCAGAAAAUUCUGUAUAUCACCUACAUCUUCACUGCUUUGGACAUUACGCUGCUUUUCGUGCAGUUUUCUAUAACUCCGUAUUUGGCAAGAAGGCUGGGAUUCGACACGCUAUGGUUUGGGUACCUGCAGACAACUGUAGGAGUAAUCCAGCUUCUGGGGGGCCCUGUGUUUGGCAGGUUUGCUGAUGUGUUUGGAGCACGGACUGCUCUCUCUAUAUCUUCCAUGGCAUCUGUGGUAUACUUUUUGCUGCUUGCAUCAGCAGACAGCACCAUAUUGCUGUUUCUGCACAAGCUUCCUGCUGUGUUCAUGCAUGCUUUGCCAGGAGCACAGAUGGUUGUGGCAGACCUAUCUGCAAGUGAGAAGCGAGCGGAAGCCCUGGCAAAGCUCGGUCUGUGUUUUGGUAUAGGCAUGAUCACAGGAUCAUCUUUGGGGGGCACCCUCAGCACACGCUAUGGAGAGAAGUUUGCGGCAUAUGUGGCUGCUGGGGGGAGUUUGAUCAAUCUACUGCUGGUGCUGAAAUUCAUUCCUAAACACACCAAAAAACACAACGCAAAGGACAGCAACAGAAAGGAAGUUGGCUCUGUGUUUAGCUUGGAAGAGAUUGUCAGACUGAUGAAGUUUCCAGGUGUUGCAAAGACAUUCACUGUGAAGAUAAUCUCAGGAUUGCCAUCAGGUGUGUUUCAGGUCAUGUUCUCCAUUAUUGCCAUAAACUUUUUCCAGCUUAAGGCAGAGCAAAAUGGUUACCUGAUGGCCUACAUUGGUGUGGUGCAAAUGGUGAUUCAGGGUGCUGUUAUUGGACGCCUGACCAGCAAAUAUCCUGAGAAUUCUUUAUUGCUGCUCUCAAUAGGCCUGAGUAGCUUCGUGGGACUUGCACAGGCUCUAAUGGCCAACGUGUUCCAGUUCUGCUUUGUUGUCGUGCCCAUGAUGUUCUCGUUGAGCGUCUUCAAUGUCAUCACAGACAGCAUGCUAACAAAAAGUGUCCCAGCAUCUGACACAGGCACCAUGCUGGGUUUGUGUGCUUCUGUGCAGUCUUUGCUGCGCACCAUUGGGCCAACUAUUGGGGGUUUCCUUUAUGAGACGUAUGGAGUGGCAUCAUUUGGAUACAUUCAGUUCACCAUCAAUGCCACCGUUUUUAGCUUGCUAUUCAUGUCUAGGAGAAAAACACCCAAAACAAAUGAACAUUGCUGACCUUAAUGACCUCGGCGAACAUGGCAUGUUAUUUGCCACUAGAUGUGCUGGUUCUAGCAUCUCCCAGAUGGCUGCCAUUCUGGGCUUUCCCUGCACAACUGUUUCAAAUUACAUGCCACAUGCCGUUGAUUAAUUUGACUCAUAUCAAUGUACCAUUCUUUUAGAUCAAAUCAGUUUAUGUACUGCACAUUUAAAUAUUUAUCGUUUUUAAUUUGUUCACAAAAGGUCAUGAAACAAUCUCAAGAACUGCUUUGACUUUUAUGUGAGCAUUGUGAAGAUAAGUAAAUGAUCGAUAAUCGAUAAAAGGUUGCUGUGUAAUGUG